UUAACCUCAAACGGAAGGCAGCAGUAGGAGGAGAACUUUAACGGUUAAUAACACCUCCUACACUUCGACAGAAUCACACAGCAGAAUGCUGAAGGAGUUCUACAAAAAUGAUUUUCUUUUGGACAAAGAUGCUUUUAAUUUUCAUCCUGUUUGAAAAUGCUGAAGGCUGGAAUUCUUCUUCAGAUACUGUGCCGAACAUUAUUAAACUUCAGGCUUUGGACAUGUGGAGACUGGAGAUGGCGUGGACUAUGAAUCAGAAAGAAGAACACAAAUAUCAAACGUAUGAAAUACAAGUUGGACGCUCAACAAACAUGGAUAUUGUCGACAGCAUGAAUGUAAGCAGAGGACCACUGGACACAGUUCACACAAUGGUUUGGACCUCACAGCUCCCGCUGAACUGUGUAGAUCACUCUGUCAGGAUAAGACUCAUCUCUGAUGCUUCACCAUCCAGCUCUUGGAGUUUAUGGAAAACCAACUAUGGGGAGACGAACUUGGCCCACAAUAAUGAGCCAAGGAUGUUCCCAGAUGAACAGGUGUUACGGGAAGGCUCCACGGUGAUGUUCUGCUGCAUUUUUCCCAAAGAGACAAACAUCACCUCUAUGUACUUCAGCAACACUGAAUACAGAGAUGUCAUCAACAUAAGCCCACAGGUCAAAGCCAUUAGAGUGGAAAACAUCAAAGCCACAAAUCUAUACGGUGUCAACUUCUACUGCAAGAAGAACAAUCCAGCUUUGAAUUAUUUCACCUUUCCUCCUGAUAAACCUCAGGAUUUCAGAUGUGAGACCAAAGACAUGCGAAACAUCAACUGCUCGUGGAAAAUACGCAGAGAUACUGACCUACAGGUUCCGCUGAGAAGGAAGUACACAUUACUAAUCAGUGACUCCGGGGCUGUCAGCUUUAAUACUGAAUCAAAUCCUACAUCCUGCAGUUUUGAAGUCAUCCCACAGCAGAUCAACUACAACAUCACUUUACUCGUGACAAACAGUUUGGGGCAAGAGAGCGAGACCUACAUAUUCAAUAUCACAAAGAGAGUUUUUCCAGUCCCUGAGCGUCUUGACGUGACUGCAGGUGUGUUGGAUUCAGUGGUGGUCUUACAGCUGAAUGGGACAUUCAAAGGACUUCUUUUGGUUUGCCAGAUUGAACUUGAACCAGGAGGUACAAUACAGGAAUUAGAUAAGGAUGGAUCUGACUCAAUGCAGCAUUACACAUUUAGACUACAGCAUCUGAAGCCCAGCACGCAGUACUCCACUAGGGGGCGCUGUGCAGUACAGGGGAAUGCCUGGGGCCAAUGGACACCACAAAGGCAAUUCAACACAAAGCUUCUAGUGACCGUGGAUUUGUGGAGACGAAUCAGGGACGUUCCCAAUCGCACCGUCACACUUGUGUGGAAAAAUGUCAGCAGUGACGCAAAGUCAUAUAUUGAAGUCUAUGAAGUGUGUGUGAGCAACAGCAAUCCACAGAGGAGCGUGUGCAUGAAUGUCACGCAGACGAAUGUGGAACUACCCUUAGAUAUCCAUAAGUGUGACGUCACCGUGAGGGCCGUCACUCAGUCUGGCUUAUCCAUACCAUCCCACAUCACUAUUCCUUCAGCAUACACAGCGGAAAUACUGAAGAAGAAGAGGAUUAAAGGGAAUGAAAAGGGAUUUCAGCUCACCUGGACGAGGGACUCUGCCGCCACAUGUGAUUACAUCGUAGAGUGGUGCAUGCUGGGUAGUGCGCCCCCCUGCAACUUGGAGUGGAGAAAAGUCCCAGCUAAUCAGACCUCCUUAAACCUGAACCCAGAAUUUACAGCAGGAGUUCAAUACACAUUUACAGUCUACAAAUGUAACGCCGAGGGACACCGACCUCAUGAGAAACAGAUCGGAUACUUAAAAGAACAGGAGCCCACGCAGUACCCUACACUGGACUCUAACCCAAACAUAACUUGGUCAUCUGUAAACCUGAAAUGGAGUUUCAAUGAGGAGGAUCCGAGCCACGCUGGAUUCAUCACAAGAUAUGUGAUUAAGGUACAAGAAGAUUCAGAGGCCGGCUCCGAUCUCAUUUCCUUCAAAAAACAUUUCUUGGACGAUCCUCACAGCAAGUCUUUCACAGUCAGCGGUCUCAAGGAGGACCAGCCGUACACAUUUCACCUGGCAGCAUGUACGAACGCAGGCUGUGGACCGGAGACCACCGCCACCUUCAGAACCAGAAAGAACUAUUACCUGCUGAUGGCCAAGAUUUCGAUUCCUCUCCUGGUUUUGGUUGGUUGUUGCGUUUGCCUGUGGUUGCACAGAAGCAUGCUAAGGUUUCCGUUCGGCUUUCUGCACAUAAAAGCACUGGACCUGGAUGAAGAUCUUUAUGAAGCGAGUGAAAAGAUCCAUUCUCUGAGGAUAGAGGACUGCACAUGGUGCGACGUCGAGAUUUUAGACAUGCCACCCACCGCGGCAGAGAAAACAUGGUUGGCGAGCGAAGAGGAUCUGAGUUGUUCGUUCGUUAGCCCUAAAGUCGCGCUGCCCUCUUUCCUAACACCAUCCUGCCAUCUCACAGCAGACAUAUGUGCAGCCACAGGUCUCACAAACUUGACUUACAUGUCUUCUGUGCAGCAAAACGUGUCUUCAGAGGUGCUGGAGACCCCUGAGACAAAAGCCACAAAACAAGAGUCUGAGUUCUCAGGCUUUUCAAGUGAUUAUGUCACUUCUGUUGCCACAUAAGUCAUGAAAACUCACUUAUGUGAUAUUUUAUACACACCAAAGUAAGGAAGCCAGCACUGUUGAUCUUAUCACAAAAAUGUUCAGUAAGAUCAUGACAUCAGGGCCCCUCUUCCUUCUGCAAAACAGCCUUUACUGCCAAGAAGUGUUGUGAAAUGCCAUUUUGCAAUAUUUGAUCCUUGAGAUUUUGUAAGGUACUUUAACUUUGUUUUGCAUGUUUUGGUAGACCUUUCUGGUCAAAAAGUGUAAAAUGGGUGAGAGAGAAUUGGUGUUAUGGGUAACACUUUAGAAUUAGGUUAACAUUAUUUAAUGCAUUAUGUUUUAUGAACUAACAAUGAAUGUCUCUUUAUGCUCAUCAUGAAAAUAGAAAUAGAGUAAAAACAGUAAUAUUGUGAAA